AUGGCAUUCAUUUUUACCUGUGGAACGCACACUUUCAACUCGCUGCUACAAGGCUACGAGAACAUUACGGCGCAAUGCCAGAACUGUGGCAACUUCAGUGCCAGAGUGUACAAGAGAUGGGAAUGGUUCACCUUCUGCUUUGUUGUGAGUUUUUUCACGAAAUAUUUGGCGUCUUUAGCACUGACACGACUUGAUAGNCCUCUCAUCCCCUUCUCACUCAAGCCCCACCAUGAAGUUGGCUGCCACAUCUGCCACUUCUACCAAGACGUCAUGUAUGUUUGUGUCUUGAGUUUAGACAACAGGACGCUGAUGAUAUGCAGGCAUCGACCAGAUGUGCAACAAAUGAUGAACAAUCCACAAUCAAUUCCGAUGCAACCGCAGCAGCCUUACGGAGCUCCACCUCAGCAAUACAAGGCACCGCAAGGACCUCCUCAAUACGUCUGA